AUGUCCGUCACAGAGAUCAUGGCCGCUCUGUCAGGAUGGGGCUUAUCUGUCAGCAACGAGCAGCUCGUCAGACCAUCCUCUGAUUUUGUCGCUACAGUUUACACGGCUUGUCUGGAACAGGUUACCUCGCUCUCGUAUAACUCUUUGCAUGAUCCAGUCCAGCGCGUUCUCUCUUCUCUGGAUGAUGCUAAUCCUGACGUCUAUUCUGGAAGCAUAUCCCAUAAUAUUCUGCUCUACCACUUGACACGCUUUGCCAACUCUGCACGGAUACUGGACUUCAGCGCAAAGGACCUGUAUAUGCCUGACCCAGAACGAACUCGCUUUAUAUUAUCUGCCUUCAUCAAUUUCGUGAAGUUCUCUGAACAAUGUACCCCUUACAUCAGUGCGCUGCGUGAAAAAUCCGCUACCCUCAUCGAAGAGCGCGAACAAGUUGCACAAGAGGUCGUUCACAUUCAACGCGAACUUGCUGCCAUAACGGCUAAGCGGGCUAAGAAUGAACCUAAAUGUGACGAGAUACGACAGGAGAAUGCUGCCAUCACCGCCCAUCUCAUGGCAACGAAGGAAGUACAAACGUCAGUGGUGAAGGACAUUGAGACUUUGAAGAUAGAAAAAUCUGCCGUUAUCCAUCGGAAAGAAAACAUAAGUUCGGAUACUGCUCUGCUUAUGGACUCCAUUUCGCGCACAAGAUCACGAAUCGUACAAUCACCCGAGCGUAUAAAGCGCAACAUUACUGCCAUGGGCGUCACGGCUAUUGACGAUAGGAAGACAGCUGCUCUCAAUGAAGCGAAAGCACGCGAUCUUCAGGCCAAAAUUACUGCCCUUUUAAAUAUAGAAAAGGAAGUCCGUUCAUGUGUCGAACAACUUCAGACCAUCGAAAAAGAAACGAAUGUCUUGGAGUUAUCCCAGAAGGAACUAGCUGACCUGCGAGACAAUCUUGAGUACAAGAAUAUUGAACGCAGCGAGUUGCAGAUGAAAAAAGAACGUGUUUACAAACAACUAACUAAUGCGCAGGACAAACUUGAACGAGCUCAGCGACAUGCAGAGGAGAAACGUGCAGCCAGUCAACAGACUAUCGAACGUCUUCAAGCAGAAUAUGAGGAGAUGGUCGUCGAUCGACGUGAUAAUGACAAGCAGCUCGAGGAACUCCGUGCAGAGGCAGACGACUACGAGACCAAGAUAGCAGAACAUCUGAAAAAGAGUGAAGCUGAGUUGAAUCAACUGCUUACUGAAUAUUGGAAACUGCGACACGAGACAGAGGUGUAUAUGGAGACACUUGCAAACAAGCUCAACAUGAGGGUUUCCGACGACUAG